AUGUUUGAGGGAAUGCCAGGGGCUGUGAUCACCUGCCUCCUGGACAGACGAGAGCCCCGACGUCACACGAUCAGCUACUGCCUCAAUGGCAAGAACCUCGGCAUAGCCUUUCGACUGCCCCCUUGGCUGGGAGAAGUGCCUCUGUACCCGGCCGUGUGCGGGCGAGAGGACUGGCAGGCGACCUGUCGGUUCCGUGACCUGCGCUUCCCGCACGGGGGAUAUCGAGACUUGGACGAGGCUUGCAGCCAGCACGUCGUGACCGACGACAAUUCCGUCGACGCGGCCAGCGCUGCUGCUGCGGUCUUUGCAGCGGCCCCCUUUGUGGAAGAGAGGGAGCUGCGCCAGCUGGAUGUGCCGAAUGAGAAUCUCAUUGAACUGCGAAGUGAGGGAGAGGUGCCGAUUGAUGGCCAGGAGCUGAAGUCUUGGCUCGUACAGGAAUAUGGCAUCAGCAGUGCAGACUUCCAUGCG